GCCGGCGGCGCGCGGCGGGGAUAAAUUGGCGGUGACACCUCAGCUCGUCCCCCGCUCUCACUUCUCCCCCAGAGGACAGCAGACCGAGGUGCCUUCACACACGUGUGGACUAGACCAUAUCAGAUAAAAUGGUGAAGAUUGGAAUCAACGGAUUCGGACGUAUCGGCCGUCUGGUGACCCGUGCCGCCGCUCAAGGAGGCAAGGUCGAGGUGGUGGCCAUCAACGACCCCUUCAUCGAUCUGGACUACAUGGUCUACAUGUUCAAGUAUGACUCCACUCACGGCGUGUGGAAGCACGGAGAGGUGAAGGCCGAGGGGGGCAAGCUGAUCAUCGGCAACAUGCAGAUCAUGGUCUUCCACGAGAGAGACCCCGCCAACAUCAAAUGGAGCGAUGCUGGCGUGGAUUACGUUGUGGAGUCCACUGGUGUGUUCACCACCAUCGAGAAAGCCUCUGCUCACCUGAAGGGCGGAGCUAAGAGGGUGGUGAUCUCUGCUCCGAGUGCUGACGCUCCCAUGUUCGUCAUGGGCGUCAACCACGAUAAGUACGAGAACUCCAUGAAGGUUGUCAGCAACGCUUCCUGCACAACUAACUGCCUGGCUCCCAUCGCCAAGAUCGUCAAUGAUAACUUUGGCAUCGUUGAGGGUCUCAUGAGCACAGUCCACGCCAUCACCGCCACACAGAAGACCGUUGAUGGUCCCUCUGGUAAGUUGUGGAGGGAUGGACGUGGUGCCUCCCAGAAUAUCAUCCCCGCCUCCACCGGAGCUGCCAAGGCCGUGGGCAAGGUCGUCCCCGAGCUGAACGGCAAACUGACCGGUAUGGCUUUCCGUGUCCCCACCCCCAACGUCUCUGUCAUUGAUCUGACUGUCCGUCUGGAGAAGCCCGCCAAGUACGACGACAUCAAGAAGGUUAUCAAGGCCGCUGCUGAGGGACCCAUGAGGGGAAUUCUGGGAUACACAGAGGACCAGGUUGUGUCCACAGACUUCAACAGUGACCCUCACUCCUCCAUCUUUGAUGCCGGCGCCGGCAUCGCUCUCAACGACCACUUUGUCAAGCUGGUUUCAUGGUACGACAACGGUUCGGCCACAGCAACCGUGUGAUGGCGACCUGGUACACCACCAUGUUCACCA